AUGUUCAACCACACUGGAUUCUUCUGCUGUUUGCCAGAGCAAACAGGGUUCUGGACGGAUAGUCCCCAAGAUGCUGUUGGCUGCUCCAAUGGGGCGCCCACCGAGCGCGGGGAAACAAUCUUGAAUACAGAGACUCAGAGCUUCUCCUCAACCUCUUCCACUGCAUCCGCUACCAGUAGCGCCUCUGCUACCAGUAGCUCCUCUACCGAAUCCACAUCCACAAGUUCUCUACCUGCCGCAACAACGACCUCAGCCUCCGACUCAUCGAACAGCUCUUCCUCGAGUAACCAUGCUGGGGCUAUUGCAGGAGGCGUCGUUGGUGGCGUUGCCGGAGUCGCAUUGAUCGUUGCCCUUCUUUGGUACUUCUUCCUGCGUGGCCGAAAACAAUCUCAGCAGCCGCCAGCUGAGGAAAUGGCCGUUCCCAUGGCCGGCACUCAGAAUCCACCCAAGCCCCCGGCCGAACUGGAAGCCCAGAAAAUACAACAUGAGCUAGAAAGCCGGAUGGACCAACCAGUUCAUGAGUUGCCAGCCAGCCACUACUAA